AUGGAUUCAGUAUUGUUCCAAGUUAUAGUCGGGCAAAAUGAAGGUUCUCAUCCUGUUCGUUUUUAUUGGGAUAGCUCACAGUUCCAUCAUACCUCCCCAGGUAGCCAAGCAGGACCUCUCUGCUCAGCUGCAGGAACUAGGAUUGGAGGAUUUUGAGCUGUUGAAGGCGGAAGCGGCCAAAUUGAAAGUGCCUGAUAUGGUAAUUGCGGAAGGUUAUCCGGUUGAAGACCAUUACAUUACCACUCCCGAUGGCUACAUAUUGAAUGUGCAUAGAAUCCCCCAUGGGAAAAGUGGACAAAGUAAUGGAAAAGUGGCAUAUCUCCAACAUGGAGUACUUGCUUCGUCUUCUGAUUGGAUUAUUCAAGGCGCUGCAAAAUCAUUAGGUUACAUCCUCGCCGACGAAGGCUACGACGUAUGGAUGGGAAACGUCAGAGGCAACGCUUACUCCCGCAACCACACCAGCUUCAAUCCCGACACCGACGAAGGUUUCUGGCUGUUCAGUUGGCACCAGAUAGGAGUCAUCGACGUACCCACCAUAAUCGACUACGUCCUGGCACAAACGGGCGCCGAUUCCCUCUACUACGCUGGCCACUCCCAAGGCACCACUGUCUUCUACGUCAUGACUUCCUCUUUGCCCGAGUAUAACGACAAGAUCAAAGCUCACGUGAGUCUUGCGCCAAUUGGUUUCAUGAACCAUAUGACCAGCCCGCUGAUGAGGAUCAUGGCUGUAUGGGAAAAACCUUUAAAUGCGUUGACAGCACUCAUAGGAAUGGACGAGUUCCUGCCAAGUGACGGUUUCUUGAGCAUGAUGAUAGAGGGUAUAUGUCAAGAAGGCGUAGGUCAGCUCCUCUGCAAGAACUCUUUGUUUGCUCUCUGCGGAUUCAGUCCGAAACAGAUGAAUACCACGCUGCUGCCGACUGUCAUGGCCCACACGCCAGCAGGAUCAGCUACGAAGCAGUUUCUCCACUACGCGCAAGAAAUAAAUUCAGGUAAAUUCCGUCAGUACGACUGGGGUACCUUACAAAAUAUUAAGGACUACAAAUCUCUGUCGCCACCCAACUAUGACUUGUCCAAAAUCACCGCCCCUGUUUACCUCAUUCACAGCAGGAAUGACUGGCUAGCAGGAGAGAAGGAUGUGGAGAGGCUUUGCACGGGUCUGGGCAACUGUGCCGCUAAGUUAUUGUUAUCCGACUACACAUUCAACCAUCUGGACUUUACCUUUGGCAUUGAUGCAGCUACACUUGUUUAUAGCAAGGUUGUCAGUAUCUUUUCGAGGCAUUAGCUGUUUUAUAUUUUAAUUUAAAUGACAUUGUACAUAUUGUAUAAUUGCAGAUUAUUUGAGAUUAUUAAUUAACAUUGGUAUAGUGGUGCAAAGCAAGGCUGGCAAUAAAAAAAUAGUAUAAUGAAAA